AGGGUGACGUCACUUCUGGACUCAGACGCGCAGGUAAAGGUGAGCUGCUUUUCCGCUGCUGCUUUCUUCUCCGCAAGUUGCACAACGUUGCCGACGUUUUGUUGAAUUUGUUUUUCCAUUUCUUGACGACUAUAAAUUGGAAAAUGGUGAAGGACGAGAAGACAGAAAACCGGCCUGAUAACACCGCCUUCACCCAGCAACGGCUUCCAGCCUGGCAGCCCAUUCUGUCUGCUGGCAUUGUCAUCCCAGGGUUUAUCGUCAUUGGCCUGGCAUUCAUUGGCAUUGGUGUUGCACUAUUUGUGACCUCACAGGGCAUCCAAGUAUUUGAGAUGGACUACACUGGAGUCGAGAGCAACUCAACGUGCCACGAUUGCAUUAAAACGACUCAACCAUGUGAAUGCACUCUGGAAUUUCCCAUCGAAAAACUGCUUGAGGGCCCUGUGUUCUUUUAUUAUGGCUUAUCGAACUACUUCCAGAACCAAAGGCAGUAUUAUGCAUCUAGGGAUGAUGCUCAGCUGUCUGGAGACCUGAAAAACUUUAAGGAUCCUUAUGAAGAAUGUAAACCCUAUCAAUAUGAUGGCAACAACAAACCAAUUGUGCCAUGUGGAGCGGUAGCAAACAGCAUGUUCAAUGAUACAUUCGAGCUGUAUCAGCGUGUCAAUGGUCUAGAGAAGUUGGUGCCUCUUGAUGGAAAAGGGAUUGCUUGGUGGACAGACUACAAUAUCAAAUACAGAAACCCCUCUGUCAUACCUCUGAAGAAUGCCUUUAAUGGUACUGUGAAACCCAUAUUUUGGCCUGUGCCAGCCUAUGAGUUGGACCCUUCAGAUCCUACGAACAACGGUUUCAAAAAUCAGGAUUUCCUGGUGUGGAUGAGAAGAGCAGCCUUGCCUGACUUCAGAAAGCUCUAUCGACGGAUCACAGAAGGUGAUUAUGCAAAGGGCCUGCCAGCAGGAAACUACUCCCUCAAAAUUAAGUACAGAUAUCCGGUCCUGAGCUUUAAUGGGAGAAAGAAGGUGGUCUUCAGCAAUGUAUCCUGGAUGGGGGGGAAGAAUGAUUUUCUUGGGAUUGCCUAUUUAGUGAUUGGUUCUUUGUGUAUUGUCAUGUCCAUCGUCAUGCUAAUCAUUUAUGCAAAAUACAAGUUCCCACUUGAGGAAUGAAUGUCUUGAGUUUGACCAGUUUGACUGAGAGCCAUUUUUGUACCCAACACAUCCACACACAGCAUGAUUUUUGCUUGGUAGCAAACACAGGAUAGAGUUUGCAUGAUAUUUUGUGCAUGACAUGUCCUACAAUUCAGAAGAAGCCUUUUCAUCAAGUAGUUAAGGGGCACUAAAGACUGGGUGCUGCACUGCAUUUUCACCAAUACAUGCAAACUACUUUUGUAGUGGAAUGCACAAAACACUGCAAAGUCAGGUAUUGUAAAUAACUCCCCAAGUGCUUCAUUGAGAUACUCCUUCCCAGAAGUGUCGUUGCUUGCAAGUCAAUGGUGAAAUCAUAAAAAAAAAAAAAAAAAUUCAUUUUACAGGGGUAUGUAUUUUAUUAAUAAUGUUUAUAAGUAUUCCUCUGUGAUUUCUCGGGGAUGAAGAGUGACAGCUGAGUGGUACAUGUCAUUUAAAUGUUGAUCAGAGGUUGACCAAAGGAGAAAUGCAACUUUUAUGCACAUUUUGUAAUGAAAUAUCUUCAUGCCUCCAGUAGGUAAAUGUUGGUAAUAUUUUAUAAGACUGUUGCAGUGUUUUUUUUUGUUUUUUUUUCCUCCCUCAGGUUUAACUUUAUGAUACUAUUUAAAGUUACAUUUAAUGUAUGUUUCUGUGUGCAGAGUUAAAGUUUUAAUGCUGUUUUUUAAAAACAAACAAAAAAGCCUUUAUUAUUUUAGUAGCUCAGGGUUCUGUUCCAGCCAACACAGCUCAUGGUUGUUCUAAAUAUACCUGUUUUAUUGUGACUGUUCUUUGAUAUUCAGAUUUUACUUGGCUAUUUAUUUAAUAAAACACAAAAAUC